AUUUUCAAACGCGUUAUGUUGAAAAUCUGUGUGUAGAGAUUCUUACAAAAAGAAAAAAGAAAAUGGUGACGUCAUCAGGAACAGGAAAUGCAAUAGAAAUGGUAAAGAAUGAGAUUCCAGUUAAUGAAGAAUCUAUAAUAUUAUCUGCAGAUGUCCGUACAGGUCUUGUCCUUGUCGAUAUCGUUAACGGUUUUUGUACUGUUGGUGCUGGACAUCUGGCUCCAAGAGUACCUGAUAAACAAAUAAGUAGAAUGGUUGAUGAGUCAGCACAUCUUGCCAGAACGUUUUGUGAAAAGAAAUGGCCCGUUUUUGCUUUCCUUGAUACUCAUCACCCAGAUGUACCCGAGCCUCCAUAUCCUCCUCAUUGUAUAGCCGGGACAGAUGAAGCCAAAUUGGUUCCAGCUUUGCAAUGGUUGGAAGAUGAGUCAAUUGCGACACUUCGAUGUAAAGACUGUAUUGAUGGAUAUCUUGGUUCGUUUGAGAAAGAUGGAACCAAUGUCUUCGUAGAUUGGGUCAAACAACACCAGAUUGAAGCUAUAUUGGUGGUAGGUAUAUGCACGGAUAUAUGUGUACUGGAUUUUGUGUGUUCUGCACUUUCUGCAAGAAAUCGUGGUCUUCUUACACCUCUUAAGGAUGUGGUUGUAUAUUCUGGCGGGUGUGCAACUUUUGAUCUUCCAUUACAUGUUGCCCGAAGCAUCCCUGGUGCUCUUGCUCACCCACAGGAACUUAUGCACCAUGUUGGUCUUUACAUGGCAAAGGGCAGGGGAGCCAAGGUGGUUUCAGAAGUGUCAUUUGCAGCAUCAAAGAAGGGAUAAUCUUAAGUGGCCUUCUCAUGUUUAUGAUACUUGAAAACCUCUUGAUGUGUACUGAACUUGAUUUCCUCCUCUUCCACACCUUCACUCAAAGCCUGUGACACUUUCUCCUCAAUGUUGGUCAAAUACGAGCAUCUCAUCUGUAGUUCAUAUUUCAAUGAUUUGCUUUGUUCCAACCACAUUGUAAGUUUGGUGUUUAUCUCUUUAAGAUAUAUGUAUAUCGGCUUAAUAUCUGAUAUUAAGUCCGUGGUAAACAUAGAUGUGCUUGAUCUUCCCGUUAGUCCUUUGACCUGCACUUUCUUAAGCUCUUCUUGAA